AAAGAAGAAGAAGAAUGAUAUGUUGAAAUUUCAGACCGGAAGUACUUUGAUCUCCCAUGGCGAUUGACAUUAGUGCAAACCCAGCUGCGGAGAACUUUCACGAUGGUACCAUCUGCAUUGAUGACCUCGGCGCUGCUGCUCCUUCAGCUUGGCUUGGGAGAAAACUCUCACAAACAUCUUCAUGAAGAUCAUUAUAUUGGCCAACAGCACAACUCUGAACAUGACAUGCAUGUCCUGCUGGGAGAUCAGGACACUGAGGAGUUAAAGAAACUUAGUCCAGCAGAACAGAGGAAAAAGAUGAUGGAAAUUGUAAAGAAGAUCGAUACAAAUGCCGACAAUCUGCUAAGUGCAGAGGAGAUCACACUAUGGAUUCAACAGGUCUAUAGAAGAUAUGCUCUGGAUGAUGCAGAGGAGCGGUUCCCUGAGUUCGACACUGACAAAGACGGUGUUGUAACUUGGGAGGAAUACAACAUGGUCACUCAUGACCAGCUCAUUAGUUUCGAUGAAAGUACCGAUCUGGAUGACCCGGAGCAAGAGUCUCUCAGACAUCUCCACCUGAAGGAGAGGAGGCGCUUUGAUGUUGCUGAUAUGGACGGCACGCCCGGCCUCAAUGUAACAGAGUUUCUCGCCUUCACCCAUCCAUCUGAAGUGGAUCACAUGGCUGAUUUUGCCAUUGAAGAUGUGUUGAGUGAAUAUGACACAGAUAAAGAUGGAUUCAUCAGUCUGAGUGAAUUUAUCGGAGAUGUUCGUGGAGAUGAGGACACCCCUUCACAGUGGGAGAUUGAAGAAACAGUGCGCUUUAAAGACCUCUAUGAUCAAGAUAAGGAUGGCAAGUUGAAUCGAGAGGAGCAGCUCCGUUGGGUUGCGCCUAACAGCUAUGGUUCGGCAAGAGAAGAGGCUCUUCACCUCAUCAAGGAAAUGGACCACGAUGGCGAUGGACACAUCUCAGAGGCUGAAGUUUUGAAAAAUCAAGACACAUUCAUGAACAGUGAAGUGACAGACUACGGCAGACAGCUGCAUAUAUCACACGAUGAAUUAUAACU